AAUGGAGCUCUUCCGUCAUUGCUGGGCAGUGAUUCUCUUUCUCUCACACUUGCUUCCCGUCAUCUCAGGCUUUUUGUUUCUUCAACAUAAUCAGGAAUCAAUCUCUUCUAUGCCCAUUAAUAAUGCUAGGUUUUAUGAAUCUCCUUCUUCUUCGUCGUCUCGUCUCGAACUCUGUUCUCGUACUCCUCCAGAUCUACUCUUUCGCGUUACCUUUCCCCUUUGCGUUAUUGUUAAAACACCUCUCUCUUCACGUCUUCCGCAUGCCACCUCUCUCUCUCUCCCUGUCUAAUUAACAUUUUCUUUUCGAACCCUAAAUUUCAUUUUCUAUUUGCCAAUGAAAUCAAUGUGUAAUUGCUGAACUUAUCAUUCGAAUCUAUGCAUUGGUGUUCUUCUUCUGCUUCUCAUUUGGAAACCAUUUUCAGUUAAAUAUUUCUUCGCUGAUUGAACGUCUCUUUUUGUUCCCAAUUUGGUUUUAAUUUCUCCGUGCUCUACACAGGGUUUAGUGUUCAAACCUUGAACUUGAGGUGUUGUGUCAUGUCUUCUGAUUUUACAUUGGAUCAAUCUAUUAGCCAUGAUCCUGAGGACCCAGAGUAUAGCUCUAGGAAUGGAAAACCAACCUUGAAGAGAAGAGAUAGUCUAGUCUUCAAGAUUCUUGAUGGCUUUUUAGAGCAAAGAAACCGGUCGUUUAUCAACAUUGCAACGAAUGCUGUGAGAAGAGUUACAAGCAAAAGGUUCUCAGGCGAAACUCGAGAAGGUCACCCCGAUGACAGCAGUCUUCCAAUAAACGGCGACGAAAGGCGGGAACAUGGAUCCGAAAAAAAAUCUGGCCCUCUCUUAUCUGGAACAGCCUACUGCAUUUCAUCUUGCAGCAUGAUCUUACUGAACAAAGUUGUUCUUUCAAGCUAUGGAUUUGAUGCAGGAAUAUCUCUUAUGUUUUACCAGAAUCUUGUCAGUGUUAUUGUGGUUAUGGCAUUGAAACUCUUUGGACUGGUAUCUACUGAAAAACUCACGUGGAAACUGAUCAAAGUUUGGAUUCCGGUUAAUAUAAUAUUUAUUGGAAUGCUUGUGACGGGCAUGUAUAGUUUGAAGUACAUAAACAUUGCAAUGGUGACAAUCUUGAAGAAUCUGACAAAUAUUUUAACGGCGAUUGGAGAAUUAUACAUUUUCAAGAAGCGGCAAAACCGGAAAGUGUGGACUGCCAUGCUUAUGAUGAUAAUAUCUGCUCUAACCAGUGGAAUUACCGAUCUCUCUUUCGACGCUGUGGGUUAUACAUGGCAAAUUUUUAAUUGUAUUCUCACUGCAAGCUACUCGCUUACCCUACGACGGGUCAUGGACACCGCAAAGCAAACAACAAGGUCUGGAUCUCUUAAUGAAGUUACCAUGGUGCUGCUUAACAACGCACUCUCGUUACCUUUGGCGAUCUUCUUAAUCAUUAUCUUCAAUGAAUGGGAAUAUGUAUAUACUGUUGAUGUAGUCAGGUUACCAAUGUUUUGGGUUGUGGCGACGGCAAGUGGAUUGCUUGGACUAUCCAUCAGUUUCACCUCUAUGUGGUUUUUGAAUCAAACCGGUCCAACCACUUACAGCCUGGUCGGGUCCUUAAACAAGAUUCCAAUUUCCAUUGCCGGAUUACUUCUGUUCAAUGUUACACUCAGCCUAUCCAACCUUUUCAGCAUACUAUUUGGACUAUUCGCUGGAGUAUUAUUUGCCAGGGCCAAAAUGUCAUGAUCUCGCACUUCGAUUAUUAAAAGAAUGAGCAGCCAGUAACCUUGGUGGUUCUCGGGAAUAUUGUUCAAGCUCAACCACUUACUAACACGCUACAGAAAAUACACACCAUACAACAAAAGCUACAGACACUAAUAACGUGGGCGGGGAAUAAAUAGAAUUUCUUAUUUCUCCCCACAAGGAUCACAAACCAUUAGCUUUGCAGCUGCACAUGGAGUAUCCUGAAGCGAGAAUACAAGCGCCCGUUCGGGUGAUAUAGUAGUACAUCCACCAAAUUUACCAUGGUUCUUAGCAGACUUUAUUCUUUGAUUUGUUUAUCAUACUUUACAUAAUUGUAACACCGAAUGUUACUUUAUUUUGCAUCCUUAUUAUUUUGAAGUUUUUCUGCAGAAAUUUUGGGCGGAAGGUAUAAGAAUAGUUUUUCCGGUUGGUCAGGUCUGGUAGAGACUCCUGAAGACGCUUCUUUUUGGCUGUCAAAAACUGUUUUCCCAUUUAUGA